AUGUCAUCCACUUUUGCCAGGAAUGAGGAGAAAAAGGGCAGCCGGCCAUCCCAACCCACAACCCCUGCAACCUCACUGGGCUGCGAUCUGAAGGUUUCUCGCUCUGAGGAAUUCCUGACACGGAUCAGCACGGAACUCACUGACGAGGCCUUGUUUGUUGCUGCCUGCCACAUGAAUCCUGUGCCUAUCAAGGAAAAACAGACACAAGACCGAGGGACUCAGAUAGCCAAACACGUGUUCUUCACCAAGACCCGAGGCACUGAUACCCGCUCUGACAGAAACCGUACCCGCACGAAGGCACAUCUCCUGCCAUCCCCUCGUGAGAAGGGAGCUCUGCCUAGCAACUUGACGGCUGGAGGAUGA